AUGAACGUCCCACCAACGGUUUACCGUUGUUCCACCAAUGAUGCUUUUGACCAUACAGUCAUAGCAGGCGGAGACGGUGGCAUAUGGAAAUCGGAGAGCGUCAGCGGUGCUUCCACGUCGUUUGUUCGUGGUGGGCAACAAGACUCGGGUACAAACUGUGGGAAGCCGUCUGCGUUUGGCGGCAUCCCAAUUCCGAAUACAGGACCGUCUCAAGGUAACCAUAGCGGUUUAGGUGGUCAGACAAACGCGGGUUCUGAAGGGGUUCCGAUGCCCACCUGUGGACGAAAAUCUUCCGGAUAUGGUCCAAACCCAGGCCACAUGGACGCACUCCUGAUGGCACCUCAUCCACGUGUACAGGGAACGGUGUACUCGAGAACGUGUUCACACAUAGAAACCUUGGUUCAAUCGACGACGAGGAAUUCGGUAUCCCUCCCCUGUUUGACGAUUUGCAGUACGAGUGUGCCGAUAUCCCCGAUCUCGACAUUGACGAAAUGGGUGGGGAGGUCCGUGUGGGGAAAGUUUACUCCAGUUAAGUACUGCGGCUACUAUGAAAUUAAGAAAGCAAACCUACUGCACACUUGCUGCAUAGAGACUAGGAGUUUGUUCAAGCAAAAAGCUUCUUCCCGUGUGAUUGCCACUGUCUUCAAAGCCAAAUAUGGGGAUCCAAUAAAAUGGCCACGCGCAGCAGAUUUACAACAACUUGUUCUCGAGGAGCUUCGAGUUGCGGCAUCCUAUAUGAAGUGUUACAGGGCAAGAGAGGGACUGUCGCUUUUGGUUACUGAGAAAGAUGACCAUGGCUAUGAUCGGUUCUUGUACCUCUUCCUCUCCUUUGGUGCUUCGAUUAGGGGUUUUAGGAGUCUAAGACACGUUAUUGUCAUCGAUGGGGCUCAUCUCGGUAGUAAAUUCCAGGGCACUCUCCUCAUUGCUAGCGGCCAGGACGCAAACUUCCAGAUAGAUGCCGCUUGCAUAGUGCACUUAGCUAGGAACGUUACUGGACGUUACAAGAGUAAAGGGCUAGCGAAGAUGGUUGUAAGCGUAGCUUUUGCAUAUCGCAUUGGAGCUUUUCGAAAAAUCUACAACGACAUUAGGACCGCGAGUCCGGAUUGUGCUAGGUAUUUGCAUAAAAUUGGUAUUGCUCACUGGUCUAGAGCUCACUUCCCGGGCGAGAGAUAUAACUUGAUGACCAGUAACGCAACUGAGCAAUUGAACAAGGCGUUGAGGGGUGGCAGAAAUUCACCAAUACUUGAGCUGCUCAAAUUCAUACAAGAUAUGAUGACAAGGUGGUUCAACGCUAGGAGGAAGAAGUCGCAGAAACACACGGGGAUGUGUACGCCGGAGGUGGACAAGGUCUUGACAGCCAAUUUAGAGGCUUGCAAGGGCAGUAGGAUCAACAUGGUAUCCAGCUGGGCAGUAUAG